CGGUAUUUUUUUCCGUCGUCGACCCGGCCACACUGCUGGUUCCUUUCUUUUCGAAUUUCUCGUGGAAAACGCCAACAUGGGUUUCGCUACUCUCUGGUACUCGCAUCCCCGCAAAUACGGCCAAGGCUCCCGAUGCUGCCGUGCCUGCUCUAACCGCCACGGUCUGAUCCGCAAGUAUGGCCUGAACAUCUGCCGUCAGUGCUUCAGGGAGUACGCCAACGACAUUGGCUUCAAGAAGCUGGACUAAAGGUCCUCUUCGCCAUUCGGCGCGCGUUCACCGCGUCGCAAAACAACAUUCGGCAUAUUAAUAUAGGGCAGGCGCCGUCGGAAGUUCGGCCUCUUCUUGUAAUAAUAUGCCGGCAGCAGCAACAGUAGCAACACACAUAAUCAUUUGGGGAUUUAAGCAAGGACAAAGCACACAUGGAACCGAUGUAAUCCAAAGUAAUCUCUAAGCAAGUAACCAGUAUGGCCACCACCACAGAAUUCCAACAGUUACCACCUUCCGCGAAGGAUCUUUGUUACAACACUAGUUUGUUUAAAUCUCCGUCUGAUUAAACCCAUAACAAGAAACGUA